AUGGCGCUCGGGUGCCAACGCAAGCCGACCCAAGCUAGCUUGCUCUGGGAACAUUGCUUCGAGCUCCAUACAUUUUCUUCUGGUUCUCUACGUCUGCAGUUUGGUUGUGUACCAGUUCAAAAAUAUUUCAAAAUUUUUGCCAUCAGGAAAAAAGUUAAAAUGACGGACAAGCCAAAGCGUCCAAUGUCAGCAUACAUGUUGUGGUUGAACAGUGCAAGAGAACAGAUAAAAGCAGAUAAUCCAGGGCUUAGAGUCACCGAAAUAGCGAAAAAGGGAGGUGAAAUAUGGAGGUCGAUGACUGACAAGAGUGUUUGGGAGGAGAAAGCUGCAAAAGCAAAAGAACAGUACACAAAGGAUUUGGAAUCUUACAAUGCCAAUGGUGGUGGUGGUGAAGGAGGUGGCAAAAAGGCACAGAAAAGAGGAAAGAAGGCCAAGAAAGCAGCUGCACCUGCUAAAUCUAAGAAGAAGAAGGAAGAAUCUGAAGAAGAGGAAGGUGAGGAGGAAGAAGAAGAAAGCGAUUGA